AUGUCCUCCACUCCCCUCUACACUAGCGACAAGCCUGUCUUUGACAAGGAGAAGGCUGGCAAGGGGACGCAGUGCGACCUUAUGGUCCGCGACUACGGCUUCAAGCACCUGUCCGACCUCCUCCGUGAGGAGCAGGACCGGCCCGGAUCAAAGUACGGGGACCUGAUCCGCGGGUGCAUCAAGGAGGGACUGAUUGUGCCCCUCGAGGUGACCAUCAAGCUCAUCGAGAACGCCAUGACGACGACGCUCGAGAACCCUUCCGCCGGCGAGGGCUGGGCCAACGGCAAGGGUCGCUUCCUGAUCGACGGCUUCCCGCGCAAGAUGGACCAGGCGCUCAUGUUCGACCAGGCGGUUGUCGACUCGUCACUCGUCCUCUUCAUCAACACCUCCGAGGAGGUGAUGCGCGACCGCAUCAAGGAGCGUUCCAAGACCUCGGGCCGCGCCGACGACAACGAGGAGUCGCUCAAGAAGCGUUUCGUGACCUACCGUGAUACUUCGUUCCCCGUCAUCGAGUACUAUGUGCAGCAGGGCAAGUGCGUCGACAUCAACUCGACGCCUAUCGUGGACGAGGUCUACGCCCAGAUCAAGGCCGCCCUCAAGGAGCGCAUGCCCAACCUCUAA